GGUACUUGCUUCUUUGUGCACGACUUCUGCAAUCCCACGGUCACAUGCUCACAACGGGCGGAUCUUCGUCGGCAGACGGAACAAUUCGCUCAUGCCGCCCCUCCUUUUCUCGGGCAUAGACGGACCGGAAAGGGUAUUCAGAGGUAUCUUCAAUCUCUAUGCUGCCUAGGAUAUACCUACAUUGUACAUCUGGAUCGGAACAGACCAAUGGGCCUCGCCGGUUUUAUUUUUCGAAAUCACGAUUGCACGCCCGUCGCAAAAUCUAUCUGAAUCUUCCUCCUCUUCAUCUUCUCACACUCACUAAAAAUCAACAAUAUAAAGCCACGACAGUUGCUGUCGCCCGUCGUCCUCGAUUUCAAAGUAACGAAAGGCUGGACAACAGCGAGGCCGACCUAGCGAACGAUUGCUAGCUGAAUCCCUGCGCGGCCGGCUCCAGAGGAUAGAUGCUCUCUUAUAUAACCAGGUCGAGAUGAUGUGCAGCAGCCAUGGCAGACACACCCUGUGCCGUCCCCACCUCGCGCCAACAUGAGAAUUCUCCCGCCUCCACUGCUAUAGAGUCUUCUACAAAAUCGGCACCUCCAUCCCGGGCCCAAGCCAGGUCGGACCGUCGCUCGGCUAUCCCAAGCGGGCCUCCGCUACAUAAGAUCUAUGCUCUGCCCGCCCCGAUCCGCACAUUUCCACUGCCCACUUUCUAUCCGAGCAACCCGCUCUCCCUCUUCCAGCUUGCCUUCGCCUGGGUAAGCCAGCUCAUCUCCCCACCACCCGCCGAACCGGCCGUGAUUCACCAGGGAUUCUGGUCGCCGGAGACGUGGUCGGUUCAUAUCAAAGACCCCAGGUCGAUUCGCGCGCUAUGGGAGCAGGGGUUCUUCGGCAAGGGCAAUUACAGCCGUAGCGAGCCAAAUUGGCUCAAGCGCGAACAGGCCCGAAGAGGCAAGCACGACGGCCACGUCGCCGAGGAGUGGACCAACCAGAGGCGCGAAGAGCGCAAGAUGAUGAAGUGGGAUAGGGCCCGAAAGGAGCAGGAAGCUAUCCGGCGAACAAAGCUCGAGGAGGCAUGGAUUGCUCCUGUGGGCCCCUUGGAGUUGCUUGCCCUCCCGAACUCUAUACGCGAUCAGAAGCCUGACCGUCACAAUAACGACUCGCCUAAUGGACAGUCGGCUCGGGUACCUGCUAUGAAUGGCCGGGGGGUUAUCGGCUCGGUGGUGCGUGAUGCGAUUCCGAAUGGUUCGCCCUCACCGCAAUCGCUGGCGGAGGCUGCGAAUGGCACCGGGCAUCCUACGGUAAAGGCGGACGACCUGUCGAUAUUGCCUAAGGCGAAUGGCCAUAUCUCCCCUCCACGUACACCGACCGAUGCUACCAGGCCGAUCGACCUAGAGAGUGCGCCAGAAGCCGGUGGCUCUGGUAAACGGCGCAAGAGUGUGCGAUUUUCGGCCAAGGUCGAGUCGACUACUUUUCAACUUGCGGAUCCUCCCAGUCCCCGCCACCGUGUACAGCCUAACGGAGAUGUCGCGCAGGGUAGCUCGACCGUUGGUAAUUCGCCGUUGUCUCAAAUGUCGGAUUUGGCUGCAUCACCACCACACGGCGAAGCCAAUAUCACAUCCGACGCCGCUGCUGCGCCUGGUACUGAAAUUGUGGACAGAGAACAUCUUCAGCUAACCGUAGAGGAGGCUUUCUAUCUCGUCUUUGCACUAGGAACUCUAACGGUAACGGAUUCUAAACUUGAUACGCCAUUUACCACCUCGGAUUUGUUUACGCUCUUCCGUCGGUCAUCGUACUUACCAGCGAGAAAAGCAGAUCUGCAGCCGGAUGACCCGUUUCUCGUCCAAUAUGCCGUAUAUCACCAUUUUCGCUCCCUGGGCUGGGUGACCCGACCUGGCAUCAAGUUCGGUGUAGAUUGGCUGCUGUACCAUCGCGGCCCCGUCUUCUCCCAUGCUGAGUUUGCUAUCGUCGUACUGCCGUCCUACUCGGAUCCGUGGUGGACGGCCGAGGGUCGCCAGGCCCCUCGCAGAUCGUGGCACUGGCUUCACACCAUGAACCGUGUGCAGUCUACGGCAUUGAAGACUUUAGUAGUUGUGUACGUUGACAUACCACCCCCGACCGACGAGACGCUGGGUGCCGCCGAGAUCUUGGAGCGCUAUAACGUGCGUGAGUUUAUCGUUAAGAGGUGGCUCAGCAACCGAAACAGGGAUUGAGCAGUUACGUUAGAGCCGAAAUCCUAUAGGUUUAUGUUCUAGGAGCAGUGGGACGACACGAUGGUUAUAGCAGAGCUUGCUCAGAAAUCACUAAAAGGCAACAAUAGACAUCCACAAGAAAAUAAACCAGAAUAUUAUUAAAC